GUUUUCUAAAACGGAGAAAUUAAAGAAAAAUAAUUAAAAGAAAUACAUUUUAUCGUGGUAUUAAAGCAGUUAUACCUUCUAUUUUUAAUUUCAAUUGUUGCUUUCAAUGCUGCUAUUGUGACUGAUUUCGGCAUGUUUAGGGCACAAGGGUCCACCUACACAUUUACUUUUUAAUUAAAUAUGGGUACAAUUGAAAGGACUUUUCGUCUGCUGAUAAUCGCUAUAUACUUUCUUCUUGGAAAUUGCUAUAUUGAAGAAUCAUUCCACAGUGAAGAAGUACUAUUGUCAGUUGAGACUAAAGCAGGUAUUGUGCGAGGAGUACAGAAAAGGACCAUUGAAGACAAAUUAUAUCUAGCAUUUGAAGGAAUACCUUAUGCCAAACCACCCGUUGGCGAUCGGAGAUUCGCACCACCUGAAAAAUUUGGUAAAUGGAAUGGGACAUUGUUAGGGAAUAAAUGGUAUACAUGCGCUCAAUUACUACUGGUGGUGCACAGAUAUGUUAAGUUAGGGCAAGAGGAUUGUUUAUACCUAAAUGUUUACGUACCCAGAGAAAGAAUUUACAAAAAUGCUAACUUCAGUGUUAUUGACUAUAUUCACCCUGGAACAUUUAAAAUGCUCUCGCCGAGAAUGGCUGCUGGUGAAAUUUUCAUAAUGAACAAAGAUGUAAUUUAUGUAAAUUUCAAUUACAGGCUCGGAGUAUUUGGUUUCCUUUCAACUGAUGAUGAAAUCGUUCCCGGAAAUAUGGGUUUGAAAGACCAAACUAUGGCUUUACAGUGGGUAAAAGAAAAUAUACAUUUCUUUGGAGGAAACCCUGAUUCUAUUACGUUAAUAGGGUCUUCAGCUGGUGGAGUUAGCGUACACUAUCACUAUUUAUCUCCAUUAUCGAGAGGGUUAUUUCAUCGAGGAAUGUCUCAAAGUGGAACAGCAUUGAAUUCCUGGGCCCUGAUCAAUAAUCCUAGAGAGAAAUUGAUGAAUUUAACAAAACGUCUCAAUUGUUCGCAACAGUCCAGCAAAGUAAUGAUUGACUGCCUAAGGAACCUAUCACGCGGCAAUAUCCUCGAAGCGGUAAAGGAAAUGCAUUCGGUUUUCCACCUUUGUCCAUUUCUGUUAUUUGGUCCUGUUGUUGAAAAAGGACCGGAUGCCUUUCUACCUGAGCACCCGUAUAAACUCCUCAGUUCCGGAAAUUUUAUGCAAGUUCCCUGGAUUGCUAGUAACACGGUAGACGAAGGAGUCAUUGUAGUGCAACCAAUUGUUACGUUAAGAAAAUUAGGAGUUUUGGAAGAAAAAUGGGACGAUGUGUUACCCUUUCUACUAAAUUUUAUUUAUACUGCAAAUAAUACAGAUUUGCGUAGAAUUUCCGAAAAAAUUCGGGAUUAUUAUUUAGGAGAUAAACCUGCCCCGAAAGCUCUCAAUGAAUUAAUCAAGUUGGCUAGUGAUCGGAUAUUUCUUUACGAUGCCUAUAAUGCACUAAAGCUACAUGCUGCUAAUUCUCAAGCACCAGUUUAUUAUUACAGAUACAGUUUUAAUGACGGAGAGUCCGUUUGGGGCAUAAAUGGUGUAGCACAUGCAGAUGAUUCGAAAAUUAUCUUCAAAAUGGAACACGUUCCAAAAAUUUUACCAUCUGAAGUUGCUAAUACAAGAGAUACAUUGUUAGAUAUGGUUUAUAGUUAUGCCACAAAAGGGAUACCUAGAAUAAACAACAGGGAAUUUCCUAUUUUCGAUGGUACACCAGAAGGUUUAGUAAUUAAUAUUUACUCUGCAAAUAACACAACUGUGGAAGAGUUUGGAGAACUAAAAAGUCAAACAUUGUGGGAAGAAUUACCCAUUUAUGAGAACCGGAAGUUAUUUGUACAUUGAAUUAAUGAAUAGCACUUAUUCUAAUAAGUGCAUACGUAGUUUAUUGUGAAUAAGUGGUAUAUUAUUAAUAAUUGUAUAAUUUUGUACAAUAGAUAUAUA